UGGGCCGGGCUGCGUGCGAGGCGAGCCGGCCGCCCGGCCUGGAGGCCCCGGGUGGCCCAGUCCCGUCCAGGUGGCGGCGAGGCUCGCGGGCCGGGGAGGGGCUCCUUCCUCCCGCCGCGGGUGGGGCUGAGAGGGGAGCCGCGGCGGUAUUUCCCGGGGCCGGCGGCGGCUGGGGCUGCCGGUCGUCGCUGCUGAGCGCCCGGGCGAGCUCCGAGCCGGAGAAUUUGCUCCCAGGCCCGCUGGCCGAGUCCGGUCCCUGAGGUCGUCGUGCUGCCUGUCCGGAGUCGCUGCGGCCCCCGCCCUUGCGCAGGGACCUUGCGUCCCGGAGUCGCAGGGGCUCCGGUCGUGAGCUCAUCCCCUCGCCAGGGCUCUUUGCUGGGCAGCGGGCCGUACCCGCGGCUUCCAGGGAUCGGGAUGGGCACGGGGGUGUUGGCGGGCAUUCUGUUCCCGCAGCUUCAGCCUGUGCCCUCCCUGGGCGCGAUCCCGCACACACCGGGUGAGCAGAACAAGGUGUGAAACGAGCGUAGGUUGUUCUGGAGCUACGUGAGCACCUGGGAAGCGGAGCAGAGAAGCUGGCUGGCAGUGUUUCACCAUCAAUCCUUUUUUGCCUUUGAAUCUUGAGCAUGUCACCCCAUUCAGUGACAGCGGUCCCAGCCAUGCCCAGCCUCAGAGCUCGAUCUGAAAAGGCCGAAAUGGAGCCCUCAGUUCCUGGACCAUCCCCUUGGAUCCCUGCAGCCCAGGCCUGUGUGAGUGAUGCACCCGUUGUGACCCACGCUGGAUCGGCGCUCCGUGAUCCCCACUGCUUUGGCUACACUGAGCCAGGAACCACCCCCCCUCACCAUCAGCAGCCAGAUUGGGACACCAGCACUAAGGGCAAGGAAUUUCUUCAGAAGAAAGAAGUUUCUGAGGAUUUGGAAUCACAAGUGGAAAUAUCAGAAAACUAUACCAGUGAUUUUUCCCAGGCGCCUGAGCUUGGAGAAUUCUGUGAUGAUGUAAUGGAGGGAGAUUGGGGAAUUCCUGACAGAGAGAGACAGGUGCAGUCACUCUACCAUGAGGGAGGCUUCACACCAGUGGCAGUGCUCCUUAGGAGCCCCUUAGAAAAAGAGCUGGGCUGUGAUGACUUUGUAAGAAGCCUCAGUCUGAGCCCAAACCCAACAGUGUCUCAGGGAAUUCCUACAGAAGAGACGCCACAUCUGUAUGACAUGUGUGGCCACAGCUUCCAGCACAGUAUGGACUUAAGUAGCCAUGAGGGCCUUCACAUAGCCGAAAGCCCACUCAUUUGCAGUGAUUGUGGGAAAACCUUCAGGGGAAACCCUGAUCUUAUUCAGCAUCAGAUAACCCAUACUGGACAGAAAUCCUUCAUAUGCAGUGAAUGUGGAAAAUCCUUCAGCCAGAACUCAUUUCUUAAAAAUCAUCAAAGGUCUCAUGUGAGUGAAAAACCCUAUCAGUGCAGUGAGUGCAGGAAAACCUUCAGUGUGCACUCACACCUCAUUAGGCAUCAGAUUAACCACAGUGGAGAGAAGCCUUAUGUAUGCAGUGAUUGUGGAAAAGGCUUCAGCCAGAACUCAAGCCUUCAAAAGCACCAGAAGUCUCACAUGAGUGAGAAGCCCUAUGAAUGCAGUGAGUGUGGGAAGGCUUUUCGGCGGAGCUCAAACCUCAUCCAGCAUCAAAGAAUUCAUUCUGGAGAGAAGCCGUACGUGUGCAACGAAUGCGGGAAGGCCUUUAGGCGGAGCUCAAAUCUCAUUAAGCACCACAGGAUUCACACAGGUGAGAAACCUUUUCAGUGUAAUGAGUGUGGGAAAGCAUUCAGCCAGAGCUCACACCUGAGGAAGCAUCAGAGGGUUCACACUGGAGAGAGACCUUAUGAGUGUAGUGAGUGUGGCAAACCAUUCAGCCGGGUUUCCAACCUCAUUAAGCAUCACAGGGUUCACACUGGAGAGAAACCUUAUAAGUGCAGUGAGUGCGGGAAGGCCUUCAGUCAGAGUUCAAGCCUCAUUCAGCAUCGGAGAAUUCACACUGGAGAAAAGCCUCAUGUAUGUAAUGUGUGUGGAAAAGCCUUUAGUUACAGCUCGGUGCUCAGAAAGCACCAGAUAAUCCACACAGGGGAGAAGCCAUACGAAUGUAGCAUCUGUGGGAAGGCCUUCAGUCACAGCUCAGCCCUCAUUCAGCAUCAGGGUGUACACACGGGUGACAAGCCCUAUGAGUGUCGCGAAUGUGGAAAAACAUUUGGCCGGAGCUCCAACCUCAUCCUUCACCAGCGAGUUCACACUGGAGAGAAACCCUACGAAUGUACCGAAUGUGGAAAAACCUUCAGCCAGAGUUCAACUCUGAUUCAGCAUCAGAGAAUCCAUAAUGGAUUGAAACCCCAUGAAUGUAACCAGUGUGGUAAAGCCUUCAACCGAAGCUCAAACCUCAUACACCACCAGAAAGUUCACACUGGAGAGAAGCCAUACACGUGUGUCGAAUGUGGUAAGGGCUUCAGCCAGAGUUCACACCUUAUUCAGCAUCAGAUAAUCCACACUGGUGAAAGGCCAUAUAAGUGCAGUGAGUGUGGGAAGGCCUUCAGUCAGCGUUCAGUUCUGAUCCAGCACCAGAGGAUCCACACUGGUGUGAAGCCCUAUGACUGCUCUGCUUGUGGGAAAGCAUUCAGCCAGCGGUCCAAGUUGGUCAAACACCAGCUGAUCCACACCAGGGAAUGAAACAGUUCCAUUCCCAACUCCUCUGCCCAUGUCCCAGCUUCACCCUCCCCCCAGACUUGAAGCCAGGUGCACUUGCUGUCCUCUACCCCCACAUCCCACUGUCCACAAAGCCCAGACCCUCCUUCCCCUGCCAGCACUCCUGCUUCCUGUGACCUCUUGUUUCUUGUUUGUUUUGCUUGUACAUUUUGUUAUCAGACUGCCACAAUUGUUAGGAGGGGAAAGGUGAUAGAAGCGUCAUAUUCACAAAUAGAGUUUAUUACUAUAAUCAAACAGAACCAAAAAAGUAAACUAACGUUUGGUUUUAAAUAA